GCUCCGUAUUACACAAGACGAACGACUUAAAAACGAAAGUAAAACAAAAUACAGUGCAUUGACGAAACAAGACCCGUUGUAUUCUACGCACUGUCCCACUUGAUAUUCUUCCUGUGCAGGACAAAGGAAAGGGUCAUCAUGGGUCUAUGGAAUUACAUUUGGAGUCUAUUUCAUUCAACUCCAGAAGAUCAAACUUUUGACAAACCAUGGAGGACAGUGAACUGGAGUGACAGAGAACCAAUGUUACAGAAACUGAGGGAGUUUCAGUCAAACCACGGUGUUGACCAUCUCAGGAUUUUGGUUGUUGGACCAGCAGGUGCUGGGAAGUCUGCCUUUAUCACUUCAGUUAAUACUGCCCUGCAAGGCCGCAAUACUUACCUCGCUCAUUCACUCACUGGAGGUUCGAGUGUCACCGGCAAGUACACCGUCUACAAGCUGAUCAAAGGCACAGAGGGAUCUUUCUUUCCUUUUGUGUUUGGAGACACGGUGGGUCUUGAAAAAGAUUCAUAUGAUGCACACACAAAGGACAUCAUCAACAUUCUGCAUGGUCAUGUGCCAGAGGGAUACACAUUUGAUCCUUUGAGUGAGCUGACUGCUGGAAGCAAUGACUUUAACAGAACCCCGAGCCUAAAUGACAAAGUCCACUGUCUGGUGUUUGUCCUACCAGCAGACACAAUCACCCAAAUACCUGACGAAAUCAAUAUUAAAAUGAAAGAAAUUCUGAAAAAAGCACGUGAAUUAGGGAUUUCUGUAGUUGUCAUCGUGUCCAAGGUGGAUGAGGCAAGUCCACUUGUAAAAGAGAACCUGGAAAUGAUCUACAGGAGCAAGAAAAUCAAAGAGUCGAUGAAGGAAUGCAACGUCAAUCUGGGUGUUCCACUGAACUACAUCUUCCCUGUAAAGAACUAUCACGAGGAAAUCAACAACAACGCUGAGAUUGAUAUUCUGAUUCUCAUGGCACUGACAAAUAUUGUGAAUUUUGCCAAUGACUUUGUGGAAGCUUCUGAAAAACCAUGGAGGCCAGUGAACUGGAGUGACAGAGAACCAAUGUUACAGACACUGAGGGAGUUUCAGUCAAACCAAAGUGUUGACCAUCUCAGGAUUUUGGUUGUUGGACCAGCAGGUGCUGGGAAGUCUGCCUUUAUCACCUCAGUUAAUACUGUCCUGCAAGGCCGCAAUACUUACCUCGCUCAUUCACUCACUGGAGGUUCGAGUGUCACCGGCAAGUACACCGUCUACAAACUGAACAAAGGCACAGAGGGAUCUUUCUUUCCUUUUGUGUUUGGAGACACGGUGGGUCUUGAAAAAGAUUCAUAUGAUGCACACACAAAGGACAUCAUCAACAUUCUGCAGGGACAUGUGCGAGAGGGAUACACAUUUGAUCCUUUGAGGGAGCUGACUGCUGAAAACAAUGACUUUAACAGAACCCCGAGUCUAAGUGACAAAGUCCACUGUCUGGUGUUUGUCCUACCAGCAAACACAAUCACCCAUAUACCUGACGAAAUCUAUAAUAAAAUGAAACAAGUUCUGAAAAAGGGACACGAAUUAGGGAUUCCUGUAGUUGUCAUAGUGUCCAAGGUGGAUGAGGGAUGUCCAAUUGUAAAAGAGAACCUGAAAAUGAUCUACAGGAGCAAGAAAAUCAAAGAGUCGAUGAAGGAAUGCAACGUCAAACUGGGUGUUCCACUGAACUACAUCUUCCCUGUAAAGAACUAUCACGAGGAAAUCAACAACAACGCUGAGAUUGAUAUUCUGAUUCUCAUGGCAGUGACAAAUAUUGUGAAUUUUGCCAAUGACUUUGUGGAAAGAAUACUGUAAAAAAAAAAAAAAAAAAAAAAAAAAAAAAAAAAAAUGGGAAAAUCUAUCUGAUUAUCUGUCUAUUUAAGAGGAUAACGGUUCAAAUGACAGCACAAGUAGUUUAAAGGUAUGUGCACUAGAGGUGUGUGACUGUUUAAAAAAAAAUCCCUAUUCCCACCUGCUUCCACAAUUAUUAUUUGUGUGGAAUAUUAAUAGAAUGAAUGAAAGCAAAUCGCUUGGUUACACUCUCAUAUUAAUGAGCUUGGCCUUCUUUUGUCCUACAAGCAAAAAAAAAAAAAAGCAACAACAACAAAAAUCAUUAUUUUACUCCUGACGCACACUUCUAAUGUACAAACAAGAUCAUUAUGGUCAAUCACACGAAAGUUCCUCUCUUUUUUCUGCUCUGCUUUAUUAUGCCGUAUAACAGCGUUUAGGUGGGUGGUGGAAAUGCUAAAUAAACAUAAAUGUAGAAGUCGUGAGAAAGUAAUCUGCAUGUUAAUUAAUAAUCACCACAUUAAUCAACUACAUUUAAUCCAAUUACAAUUAAUCUUUUAAUCAAUAGUGCAUGAAGAUGAUUUAUGUUAGAAAUCCAAGCUUGAUAUCUGCUAAAACUGAUAUAUUUGCCAAGGCUAACUCUGUUUCCAAAAGAUGACUGAGUCCAGGAGCUGUUUAGCGUACAUUUUAAACAAAUACAAAACUCCAUAGUCCAUAUGUGACUCCUCAGAAGAAAUCAGAUAGUAGCUAGGAACACAUAUAUGGUAGGGUAGGAUUGCAAUGAUCCAUAGGUGACAGCAUAUAUAAGAAGAGCAAGUUUGGCACACAGAACUCACUCACUCUCUCUCUCUCUCUCUCUCUCUCUCUCUCUCUCAUAUGGAUGAAAGAAGAAGCUGUUGUUGAGAGUCUGUUGACUGACAGACUUAUUAUUCCUGAAUUCAAAUGCUGAAAAAACUGCUUUUGCUGAAAGAACUUUAAGAAUAAAUCUGUAAAUGCCA